GAGGAUGCUAAUGUCUGCUUGAAGGGAGGGCGGCUGUAGUCGGUGGCAGUGGAUUACUAAAAUGCUAGCAGCAAGACUUUAAGAGUGGGAAGUUUUCGGCAUUGAGAGAAUUGACCUCAGUGUUUGUUUCGUGAGUACAAAAUGACGAAGAAUUUAUAAUGAAGGAAAAUGGUGAAGUGAUCAGUGUAGACUACACCAAAGAUGGUGCUGCGCAUGCUGGAAGUGUGUCUGCUAGUGCUAAGAAUGGACGAUUGACAUUUGCCAAGGAGACCCCCAUUUUUUUUUAGGAUGACAUCUUUGUGACAGUAAGAUAAUUAUUCGAAUGUAAAGAUUUCUUAGGUAUGUUUCUUGUUUAUUAGUAGGUCUUAUGCCUGAAUUCAAACUGAAAAAAAUGUUUAGCAAAAGUCGGUCGUCGAGCCGGCACAAAAUGGAGACGGACACUGGGGAGUCUGGGAUCAGCAAGUUGAAUGGAGGAGGACCCAUUCCAGGAACCAGCCCAGAACACCAUAGCCAGAGCGGAUCAUUCUCGCGUCAUGGCUCCCGAUCUUCGCUCUCUGGUGGCAGUGGUAAUGGCAGCAAGUCCAGUUCUCUGGAGCGGAGAGGUCGCAUAGCAUCUGAUGGUGCUGUCAGUGGUUUAGAAGACAGUGGUCGGUCAAGUAUGACAAGCCCUCUUAACCUUCCCAUGGAGCAUCUUCAGUCAUUUAAUGCUACAUAUGGUGGUGGACAGCGCACUUACUUGGAAAGUCUAUCUAUUCCUCGCCAGCUGACUAGCCAGAUAUCAUCCAAAAACCCAGUCAUUAGUCCCACUCACCAUGCCAGAAGUCACAUAGGACAUGGACAUCAUGGACGUGCAAGUAGUGCCAGCAGUUUAUCUACCACUGCCUUGCGUGACCGAUCACUUGAUCGUUUGGAACGUGACCAUAUUUAUUCAGGUGACAGAUCCUUAGAUCGACAUUUAGAUCGCAUGCAGCUGUCCAUUGCCAUGGAUAGCCAAAGGGAUAGAAGUGCAAAAACAUACAGCCGUGACCGUUCCCUAGAUCGUGAGUAUCCACAUAUGGGGGCAAGGUCACUUGAGCGAGAUCACAGUUCAGUUGCACGAUCACGAUCCUCUGACCGUGGUGGCGACUAUCCUGUUUCAUCAUACCUCACAUCAAGUCCAUCACCUCAAGAUUACAGAAAUAAUUUCAUUUUCGAGCUUCAAGUGCAAGUGACAGAGCUGCAUCAAGAAUGUGCUAAACUACAGAAGGAGGUAGAGAUUACACGAGACAAACUGAGUUCAAGCAUGAACAGUAUUAAAACAUUCUGGAGUCCAGAACUUAAAAAAGAGCGAUCAAUGAGGAAAGAGGAGACUGCAAAGUGUAAUAUGUUUAAUGAGCAGCUGAAAGUAACUCAAGCAGAGUUGAAGAGACACCGUGAAUUGAUCCAUGAGCUGCAGUCCAAGAUGGGAACAGGUGAAGGAGUGGAGAUAAUUGCUGCAGCAACUGUUGCGGAACUGGAAACUGUAAAACGAGAGAAAGACAGCCAAUGCAAGGAGCUUCACAUUCUGCGCCGUACUGUUGAUGAACUGGAAAUUCGUAUAGAGACACAAAAGCAGACGCUUGCUGCUCGUGAUGCAAGCAUUAAGACGCUGUUAGAUAUGUUGCAGGGUAAAGGCAUGGCUGUUGGGCAGCUGGAUGUUGAAAGACAAGAGUUGGAGUCCCUCCGUGCUCAGACCAUCAUAGAUGGAUCCAAGAUCCGACAGCUGGAGGCUGCUGUUGACCUCAAGGAAGCUGAGAUCCUCAAGCUUGCUAAGGAAUCAGAAUAUCUGAGAGAAAAUAUGAGCACAUCUUUGGAUAUACCACAGUCUGCUAUCAGCAGUCAUACAAUCACUGCCAUGCUUGAGGCCAAGGAUUUGCAAAUAGCAGGAUUACAACAUGAAGUGCAGACUCUAGAAGAGAAACUGCUGAAGUCAAAGGAAGAUCUGAGCUUAGACGAUAGGCAUGACUCUGCCUCAAAGGAUAGUUCUAUAGGAAGGGACAAGCAACUACGAGCAGAGAUUCAGAACCUGAGAGAAAAACUAGGACAGCGUGAGCGGGAGCUUGCGAGUUUGCGGCUGCAGGAGGAGACAGUGCAUCGUCAGCAUCAAGAGACUUUGCACCAUGUCACAGUUCUGAAAGAGCAGCUGAGCGCCAAAGACAAGCAGAUUGCGAUGCUCCAAGCAGAUAUUGAAGGCUUUCAAGAGCGGCUUAAAAACAAAGAUGGCACCAUAGAGCGCAAGAAUAAAGAGUCACAGGCAGUGGCUGCAGAGAAGCGGCGACUGGAAGCAGAAGUGGUGGAGCUGAAGGAGCAGCUGGACACCAAGGAGUGCAAGAUCACCAUCCUUCAGACAAAGGUGGAGAGUCAGGAGGACUUAGUUCGAGAGAAGGAGGAGCAGUUGGUCCAGGUUAAAUCUCGCCUUACUUUCACAGACUCCACAGAUAGUGCCAUCUCCAGUCUGGAAGAAUCAAUUACAGAGAAGGAUCGACAGAUAGAAAGGCUUCGUGAAAUGCGGGAACAAGCAGACCGUGACCAUCAGGAAGAGCUGAAUGUAUAUGUGAAGACUACCCAGGAUCUGAAGACACAGAUGGAAGCUAUGCAUGUAGAGCUCACAGCCAAGCAGACUGAGCUGUGUGAACUUAGAGAAGAGGCAGCAGAAUUGAGAGCAGAAAACUUCCGAGCCAACAAUAAGAUGAGGCAAUUGGAAGCAGCAGCAAAGGAGUACCACAGUAAAAUGUUUCAGGAAGCAAAGACAAUGCUGACAGCAGAAGUACAGACAGAGGCAACAAGGGAGGUACCAGUUAGCACUGAGCAACAUUCAUCUUUGCCAGCAGACACUGUUGUGGCUGGAGAGGGUGUUAAUGCAGAAGCAGUAGUGGAUUCUAUAGAGAGCUUGCAGAAGAAACUUAGAGAAAUGGAAGAAGAUAAAAAGGAAAAGGAAGCACAGAUUGCAGAAAUGCAAGAUGUGAUAAAAGAAUACAGACAGAAGGUGGGAACACUGAAGAGAAACCAACAGACAGAGAAGAAGAAAAAUGCUCAGCUGCUUGAAGAGGCACGAAAGCGAGAGGACACUUUCACAGAUGAUGCCUCUCAGCUCUCUAUACAGAUCAAACAGAAAAAUGAGCGUAUAGAGGAACUAGAAGAAGCACUGAGGGAAAGCGUCCGAAUAACAGCUCAGCGUGAAAUGGAUAUGGCAGAACUGCAAGCACAGAUUGAUGCCUCUAAAACUGCUAUGGAAGAAAUGAGGAAGGAAGUAGAAGCAAUGCAGGCUUCAUCUAGAGACUACAGUAGUAAACUGGCAACACUGACUCGUCAGUUGGAGGACCGUGAUAACAAGCUUCGUCGCAUGAGUGCAGAAAGACAAAAACAUCUAGAGGAAGUUUAUGAGAUGAAACAAGAAGCUGUGCAGGCAGCCAUUAGUGAGAAAGAUGCCACAAUUGCUCUCCUGGAGAUGACCAGCACGAAGAAGCAGCGUAACCUGGAAGAGAUUGAACGCUUGACCCAUGAAAAACACAGCCUGCAGAGCAACUUGAGAGAAGUGACUCAAAACUUGAUGAAGCUCAGGGAAUCUGCUAAAGACAAGGGAGGAAAUUCCAGUAGCAGCAGCAGUAGCAGCAGUAAGGGCAAGAAGACGGUAGCCCAGCGGUUACGCAAUGCUCCCCCAGAACAGGUUCUGCGCGUGAUCCGCAAGCUGGAGCACAGCAAGAAGCGCCUGCACACGCUGGUGGAGAAGCUGGAGGCCGUCUGCAGCGACACCGACCCCACUCUGCUGCAAGGAGUGCCUUCUCCCGUGCUCGGCCCUUCAGUGGAUUUCGCCAACCUGAGGUCCCAGUCUCUAGAGCAGCUGCUGUUGGAGGCGUUGAGAUCGGAGGAUGAGUGCCGCUCACUGCAAGGCCGGGCCAACUUCCUGUUGCAGCGCCUGGGGACACGCGCGCCGGAGCUGCUGCAGGCCUUCCUCGCCAUCCUCGACUCGUCCGACACGGACAGCUGCACGAGUUGUCAAAGCAACUGAUCCCGUGAUCACACGGUGGCUGGCGAGAUUUUUAAAUUGGAUAAUAUAUAUAUAACAUGUUAUCUUUUUGCUCUGUGGUGUCAUGUACAACCUAUUGUUCUCUUAUGUCUCUGGUCUUUCGUCAUGUACCUGCUGUUGUUGAUUUGAAAGAUGGCGUGUUAUGCUGGAUCGAUUCAAAGUACUUGUAUUUCUGUUGAUACAUUACAUCAAAAGGCUACAAACACUUAAAGUAUAGAUGUUUACUGCGCCAUUCCUUCUCGACGUUAAGGUUACAUCUCCUCUUAAAACCUCGCACUUUGUUUUGAGGAAAGGAGGGUAGAAAAAUUCUGUCUGCAACGAACACCUGAUAUAUCAUUCACAGACACCAAACCAGGUUUUUGUUCCAGAUGGUCUGGCGAGUUUUUGACCUAACAUCUCACUUAAAUCAGGACAUGUGAUCCUGGAUUAAUUGCCAAUAAAAAUAAAAAAAAGAACUGUUUAAACAAUGCUAAGCAUCGCGAAAAAGAAAGAAAGGGAGGUUGGGUGGCAAACCCUCUUUGAAAUCUGACUUUCAAUCUUUUAUGAAAAUUGGCAUUCCUGGCGUCAGCAAGACUGCUGCAGCAGCUGUCGUGUCCAAAAGAGAGAAUGAGACAUGAUCUAGUUCCAUUUGUUUGUCGACAAAGUUCUCUCUGAGCAAAAUUACACAGGUGCACUAAUUGUCUAGUCCAGUAAGGACUCUGCUGACUUCGUCUGCUCAACCAGUGGUGAUGGGCACAUUGAACACCUAACGCGAACAUCAGCGUGGAAGAAGAGGGAUGUGCAAUUACUUAUAGUUACCUCCAGUGCCCUGGACAUGGCAACUACUUACCAUCAUGGCUCCAUCACCAGGCUAUCGGAGCUUUACUUGUACCUUCUCGCGCCUUUAAAGUGAGCCUUUAAACUUUUGCGCCGCCGGACAGUUAAAGACCAUCUCAGGACAAAAGUUAGGUUUUUGUAGUUGCUGGUCAUUUUCUGUUAGAGAUCUCCAUUGCUUCCUCAAUCCGUUGCAGAGAUCGCUUUGCGAGAUGUGCAUCAUGCACCGAGAUGUUUUCUCACUGCUGACUGAUGAUUCUGUCAACUUCAUAUCCAUCAUUUUACACGAUUCUGUUCCGUUUAUAUUCUAGGUAGAAUCUGCUAAUUCAAGUUUUAAGCGAGUUUCGAACUAGCUUCCAUGCUUAUUCUUUUUGUUGCUAAUUUAGGUUCUGUUCAUAGAAAUAAUGUCUGCCUCACUCCCCUCCCAAGUAUCUCUCUUUCACGCACUUACACACACAAUCCUCUCCUUAUCUUCUUAAUAAAUUUUUGUUGGAUUUUUUAAUAUAUAUAUAUACAAAUGCAAAUUUAGUAUUACAGCAUUUUCUGGGUUUUUUUAAGCCUUUCGUCGCUUAUCUGUUCAACGACAGCAGAAAUAGAAAAAUUGUGAUUGAUUUAAAGUACUGAUUCGUCAAAUAAUCAGUUAUAUAGUAGAAAGUGUAUAUAUAUAUUAUUUCUCUGUUUUCUAACUGAUCGAAAUCUUGACUUGGGUGGAUAAAUGCCUCUUGUCUUGUUCUCACCUACGAUGACGAGGGUGAGGUUUCAGUCCGACGUGGAUAUGUUUGUUUUCCAUUGCACUUUUUUGUUCUGACACAACCAAACUUCUAUCCCAGAUGUAGUUUCCCAAUGUAUGCUGUACAUGAUGUAAAAAUGGUACUAUUUUAA